AUGGCGACGGCAUCGGGACGCGUCGUCGCGCCGCGCGCGCGCGUCGACGGAGGUCGCGCGACGACGCGCGUCGGGCGUCGAACGCGCGGCGCGGCGACGCGCGCGCGCGCGGACGCGGAUAAAGAAGACGACUCGGACUCGGCCGGCGCGGUCGUGACGUCGGCGCGGAAAGCGUCGUUCGGGCCGUCGCGGAAGGACGCGGACGCGGUGCGACGAGACUUGCUGGAAAAGUCGCUAGCUUCGGCGGGAUGGGACGACGCGCGAAUGUUCUUGGCGAAGCGCGCGUCGACGGCGCUGGGGAAGGCGGCGUGCGAGACGCUGGAGGCGUCGACGACGUCGAGAGAGGCGCGGAAGGCGCUGGAUGAGACCGAAGCGGCGAUGGCGAUGGAGAGUAAACACGGCGUAUCGCUCGAGUUCGGAGGCAUGCUCACGGCGGAGGUGCGACGAGGAUUUUAUAAAACGAGGCAAGGGUCGCCGCUGGGCGGGGACGAACUCGCGGCGACGGCGGCGUUCUUGGAGAGCGCGAAGAGAUUGAAGACAUCCAUAGAAGGCGUGACGGAGAGUGGGCGACGACCGCGGGCCUUGGUACCGUUGCGUGCGAUUUCGGGCGAGAUGAUCACGCACUCCGAACUAGCGGAGAAGAUUCGAGGCGCGGUGGAGGAGACGGGCGAAUUUCGCGACAAUGCGAGUCCGGAACUGCGUCGCGCGCGAGCGCAAAAGGGAGCGGCGGAAGGAAAGCUUAAGAAGGCAAUGCAAGGAAAAGGAACGCCAACAACGCACCAAGGUCGUAUGGUGCUCGCUAUCCCGGCGCCGGCGCCGCCUGACGUGCUCGUCGUCGGUACGAUGGCUGGCGGCGCGCUUGUGCUCAUCGAGCCACCGGGGAUUGUGACGUUGAAUAGAGAGCUAGCACAAGCUGUGGACGCGGAAAAGAGUGCGAUAGACGCCAUCAAGCGCGAACUAUCGAACGAUAUCGCGCUCGUGGUGGAGGAGUUGUUCGCGUGUUUAGAAAUCGUCAUCAAGUUGGACGUCAUCGCGGCCAAGUGCAGAUACAGUCAAGCUCUCAACGGUGUGCGCCCCGAGUUUUCUGUCUUUGCUGAUGACGAUGACGGCUUCUACGAAGCUUAUGAAGAUGAAGAUGAAGAUGAAGAUGAGGACAUUGAAGAGCAAGACGACGAAGGAUUCGAUGAAGCGCGAGAACAGACGAAGAAACCACCGAUAGAAAAAUCUUCUUUACUCCUCGAGCUUGUCGGUUUGCGACAGCCCGUAUUGGCAUCUCAAGCCAUCGAAGCCGCCGCGGAGAGGCGCCAGGCCGCUGCAGAAGCCGUGGAGUCGCAAAAUUCACGAGGCAGUAGUUCAACGGGGUACAAAGUCGCGACGCGAGGGUCCAUCAAAUCUUCAACCACGAAAGAUGCUAUUUUUGAUGAUUUCUUUGACGAUUUUGACGAAGUCGAAGAAGAUGGCGCGCCAAAGCUUAAGGGACCUAUUCCUGUAGAUAUUUUCGCAUCUAAGCGAACAAAGGUCGUCGUCAUUACAGGUCCAAACACUGGUGGUAAAACAGCGGCGAUGAAGGCCGUAGGCCUCGCCGCGCUCAUGGCGAAAUCCGGGAUAUUCAUCCCUGCAGAGCGCGCCGUCAUUCCAUUCUUUGACAAGGUGCUCGUGGAUAUCGGUGACGAUCAAAGCCUUUUGACGAGUCUCAGUACUUUUAGUGGGCGUCUCACUCGAGCUCAAGCAAUUCUCGAGCAGAGCACGCCAGAAUCACUCGUGUUGAUGGACGAGGUCGGUACGGGCACGUCACCAGCCGAAGGCGCCGCGAUUGGUUAUGCGUUGCUCAAAGCGCUCGCUGGAAUUAUUCCCGGCCAACUGGGCGCUUGCCUCACUUUUGCGACGACGCAUCACGGGCAGUUGAAAGCGCUCAAGUACGAACACGAGGAGUUCGAAAACGCUGCUGUCGAAUUCGAUGAAGCGGACUUACGACCGACUUACAAGCUCUUGUGGGGAGUGCCCGGGCGUUCAAGCGCGCUGCAAAUCGCUACGAGAUAUAAAUUGGAUGCGGACGUCGUUCACGAAGCUCGAGAAUUACUUGGAGAAGGUUUGGUGAGCUUAGAUGAUACAAUAUCUAAACUUGAAACCGCACGCCGCGAUGCAGACGCGGAUAUUGCGACCGCAAUCGGUAUG